AUGGUGACCCUUCGCCGCAUCACUCUGGGUAUUGGCGUGACCCUUGCCUGCCUGACCUCCUCUGUCCUCUCUUCCGGCCCUGCUCCAGCAGCCCACGCUCAUGCCUCAACCAGUCCUCUACGCUAUCGCCUUCAUCCUCGCAACUUCACUGUCGCCCGUGCCUCCUGUGAGCUGAACUGCGACAUCGACUUGUGUGCCGACGAUCCAGGCCUCUGCGACGACGCCGACGUGGUCUGGGAAGAGAGCAUUCUGAUUGACGCCUCCACUCAAGCCUCCUAUGCUUCUGCCAGAAUCUACAAAGUAGACCUUCGUGACGGCAAAGGCUCGUUCUCCAUCUCCUCUCGACCAUAUCCAGGAUCAAGUCUUCUUCGAGGCGAUGGCUCCAAAUGGGCAAAUCAGCCUUACGACAAAGCUUUCAACUACAAGGACUCGGCCGACUGUAAUAACUGGGCAUUGGGACACUUCGACUACCCGACUAACUACGCUCACUGGGUUACAGAACAUAUCCUGGAGCUUCAGACGGUCAAGAUGUUCAUCGUAUCAGCUAUUAGCGGUACUCUCCCAAGCGGUGCGACUUCUGAGAUCGCACCUCUUGGAGCUAGCUGGUUCCGGGACGUUUGGAACAAGGACGUACUGCCUAGUGAUCUGCCGGGUAUUGGCGAGGGUGGCAAUAGUCCCACCGUACCGAACGACCGAGUUUUCGAAGAGCUUGGCUCUGUCCAGAAUCGACAUGAGCUUGUCCUUGCCGGCCGUGAGCUCAACGCCGUGAAGGCUAGGAUCUGGAAAGGCAUCGCUCCACACGCUGAUGACAAGUUUGAUAGUGCAGUGGAGAAGUGGAUGGCCACCAAAACUUGUGGCCUUUCUCCUCGCUUCAUCAAGUAUCUCAAGUCGGUAUUCCUUGUAUUCGACUAUAUGACAGAUAGCAAAUCGGUCCUUCAGUUUGCCAGUAAAGAGUCGGGGGGUGUUUGGCACGAGCUGGAACUGAUCGAGAAGUACGUUGGAGAAGGCACUGAGCUGACUGAUCGCUGGAUGGAAUUUUGGUGUGAUUUCCUCGACAGCCGCAUGGACAAGAUGAAGGAUUGGCUCGUGGAAAAAAUCUCAUACGUCAAUCAUAGAAUUGGCGACACUCCCGAACAGGAUCGCCCUGCUGAUUGGUACGAAGUGAGCCAGAUUCUCUACGGCAUGUACGAUGACGCCUGGAAUCGCGGCUCUUUCCGGUGUCAGGCCGACCUGGACUAG